AGUGAUCCAGUGUUUUGAAGAUAUGCAAUGGUUUACAUUAUUGGCUUCUGUUAUGUCAGUUUGCAUAGCCGAUGACAUUAAAGAGAAGUAUAAAGGAGGAAAGUUUUUCUAUUUCCCUGGUGAUGGAGACAAUAAGCUUCAUCGAGUCGAUAUCCACGAACCAGUAAAUUACAAUGUCAUCAAAGCCUAUGCUCGUGAUCCAAAUAACAAUGGUUACUUGUUGUAUACAAGGUCUCAUCCGAAAGUAGCAGUUCCUCUUAUAUACGAUGAUGUCAAAAGCGUUUUGAAUUCUGAUUUAGAAAUGAAUAAGACAACAGUGAUUUUAGUUCAUGGUUGGCUUGGUAACGGUGACAAUCUAAUGAAUCGAUUGCUAACAGAAGCUUUUCUAGAAAAUGACGAUGUGAAUAUAAUAGUUUUUGACUGGAGCAGAUUGGCCAAUCAGAAUUAUUUAACAGCGAAACGCGCUGUUGUUACUCUAGGAAAGGCUCUUGGUUUGUUCAUUAAAUGGCUUACAUCAUUAGGGGUUCCUUAUGAUAACAUACAUAUCGUAGGAUUUAGUCUCGGAGGGCACAUUGUCGGUAACGCCGGUCGCAACGCUGGUUCUUCAGUUAAAAGAAUUACAGCAUUAGACCCAGCCAGCCCUUUAUGGAAUAAUGAUGAAAAUUGCCUAAGAAAAACUGAUGCGCAAUACGUGGAAGUCAUUCAUACAAAUACAAACAUGUACGGUUAUGAACAACCCUGUGGUCACGCUGAUUUCUAUCCCAACGGUGGUAGUCUUAUGCCAGGCUGUUUGCUUAAUAUAUGCUCGCACAGCAAAGCGUACCAAUACAUGGCUGAUUCUGUCAAAUAUAAUAAUUUUCAUGCUAAUGAAUGCAAAGAUUUUAGUGACGUGAAAAGAAAUACUUGCAGUGGCGAUAUAUAUCCAAUGGGUAAUAGCGAUUUGAAUAAGUCACGAUGGGGUAUUUUUCGAGUCAACAGGAAAUAACUCUAGAUACAUUUGAUUUUAAAGAAAAUUGUGAAUAUGAUACUAUAAUAAAGCAAUUAAAUUAAACUA